AUGUAUCCACAAGUAGAAGAGGUUGAGUGCACAGUGGGAUUUGUGGAAGAACCACUGCUAUGGGUCUCUGUUCUCACCAAUCUCCCAGAAGCCUUUGCUCACACACACAUGAAUAGGAAGGUGUUUAUUUUUCCUAAAUGGCCUAGUAACACUCAUGUGAGCUUGAUCACACAGCUGGAAAAACCUCAGGAGAACUUCACUGUGUGCCUUUGUGCUUGCCCUGACCUCUCUCCAUGCCUCUAGACUCUUCUACAGAUGCAGGCCAAGAAUAAUGAGAUGAUCAUUUUUAAACCUAGUAUCAGAGAGUACCAUGUUAUCAUUGGGGGUGACAAGAUUUCCUCCAAGGUCUAUAAAGGGUUCCUUGCCCUGGUGCACAUCUGUGCCAGUAGGGAAUCCUCCUCUGGUGUUGCCGAACUCUGA